GACUAAAUGCUUGUCCAACCUUUACCUGACUUCCUGUUUCCUGUUUGUGUCUUCAGGCCGGUGGGUGGAGGACCACGAGGUCGUCCACAACAUGAUGUUUGACCAAAAGACAAACCUGAAACUUCCUCACAAACAGACUCUGAAACAAUCAAAAUGGUGGGACAACGGCGUCCUGCCGUUAUGGAUCACAGCCCAGAACCAGGGUCUGAAGACCGCGUCCUUCUACUUCCCGGGCGGCGCGGCUAACUACAGCGGCCAGGCGGUGGACCGCGUCCGCGUGACGGAGGCCGGUCACCCGGACGACAACGAGACCGAGUGGCGGCAGAACAUCGACGCCGUGAUGAGCUGGUUCGCCGACGAGGACUUCGACCUGGUGACGCUGUACUACGGCGAGCCGGACAACGUGGGCCACGCCCGCGGCCCCGAGACCGAGGACAGGAAGCGGAUCAUCGAGCAGAUCGACCGCACCGUCGGGUACCUGCGGGACGCCAUCGGCCGCCACCGUCUCAACGACAGCCUGAACGUCAUCAUCACCUCCGACCACGGCAUGACCACCGUCAAGAAGCGCCCGCAGGUGGACGAGAUCAUCCUCAACAAGUACCUGAACCUCCUGAAGCUCGCCAGCUUCGAGAUCCUGGACUACGGCGGCUUCGGGAUCCUGACGCCGCGGCCGGGCCGGGAACAGGAAGUGGUCACGGCGCUGUCCGCCGCCCCCAACCUGACGGUGUACCGGAAGCACGAGAUCCCCGAGAGCUUCCGGCUGGCCCGCAGCGAGCGGCUGCCCCCCAUCGUGGUCGUCGCCGAUCUGGGCUUCAACCUCAACUCCAGAUUCAUCGUCUACGUGAACAAAGGCGACCACGGAUACCACAACGGCGAGAUGGACAUGAAGACCAUCUUCAGGGCCUUCGGACCCGACUUCAAGAAGAACUUCGUGUCCGAGCCGUUCGACAGCGUCCACAUCUACCCGCUGAUGUGUGAACUCCUGAGGAUCCGACCGGCGCCGCACAACGGGUCCCUGGCGGAGACGCGGGACCUGCUGCACGCCGGUGAGUCUCGGGGGUUAGGGGGCGGGGCGUAA